GGUACCUACUCGUGCAAGCCUAUUGUAGGCACAAAGAAGUUAAUUUUGUACGAUUUGCUAGUUUAUCUUGAUAAAUAACCAUUUCUUACGUUUAACAUGUGUUAAACAAUUGUUUUAGAUUACUUUCAUAGUGAUCGUGGUUUAAAAAAUGAAAAACAAAUGAUAAAACACCCUAAUUAGCGACUUGUCAUUCAAUCAUAUGGUAGUAAUUAAUGAUGUCAGUGUUUGUUUACUAAUGACUGUUUUGAUAAACAUCUCGCGAUGAACCUCCCUGGAACCGCAGCUGAAUCUUCGUGUAAGCGACAAGAAAAUGGCGACGGCACAGAGCCUCAACGCCCACUGAAGAAAGCACGCUUUGCAUGGGAAGUAAAGGGGAAAUAUCAUUUGAGAAAUGAGUUAUCCGAGGCAAAAUCAAAAGCGGACACCGUCAAAGCCGGCUCAUCGUCCGAAUCACACGAAUCUAAGCUAGUCGGAAAUACUGAACAAAAUCUCGAAAUUUUGGGCGAUUAUUUACUGAAGCAGGAUUUCAACACGUUAGACUCGAUUACCGAUAAUAACGUUUUAUUGCCCAGCAGUAGCAUAUCCACAGAAAAACUGUCGUAUCCUAGAUAUCUGAGCACCUAUGAAAGUAGUAGGAACUUGACUGAAAGUUGUAGUAGUAAUGAACCACCCGCAUCUAAAUCUUCUUAUUCCAAUAAGGAUUCUGAAGACCAGUGUAUAGCAAAAUGGCAAGCAAGACAGAUGGCUAAAUGUUUUGUGGACAAUACAAUAAACCGUGUACUAGACAGCUGGAUGAUAGCACCCUUCCCUGCAGAUAUGGAUAGCAACAGAGUUUUUGCUCUUGAUGCUGCAGAAUUCAUCAACAACUUACCUGGCGACAACAGUAUUGAAAAUGAAGCUAUACUUAUGGCAAUAUCAGCACAUGGCUUACAGAAUAACUCUAGUUGUAGUAAUGAAACAAAUAAUUUAUCCCAGAGUAACUAUUCAAGUAAAGAUUUAUGUAUAACUCCCCCUAGUAGUCCCUUACCGUCAGAUGAUGAAACUGUUCAAGAAUCCAAUCCGUGUAAUAAUGAAACCAAUCAAAUUGAUGAAAGUUCUUCCAAUGACUUUGAUAUGACCUGGUCAUCAAACAAUGCAAAACAGAAUGAUAGCAACAAUUUACCAGUGUCAUUCUAUCCAGAUACAUCAAACUUUUCAUAUCAAUAUUUCAGUGAGUCUGAUAAUCCAAAUAGCAGCAAUACUGGAUAUGACGGAGAUGAAAAUAUAAACUCUAAGGACAACAAUCAUUAUGAUUUCUUAGAUGCAGCUGUUUCAUUUGCGAUACAAUAUAAAGGAUUGACAUCAUAUGGUACAGACUAUGGAUAAUUUGUAGUGUAAAGUUAUUUGUAACUGCUGAUUAAAUUAUUAUAAGUAGGAUGACACUACAACUAUAAGUAUUUAGUUAUGAUACUUAGGUGUUACUUCAGAUGUUCUCAUACACAAGGUAGGAGCAUACAUCAUCCAUGCAUGCAUCAUGUAAAAACAAACUAAAAAUGUCAUGUUUUUGUAGCUAUUAAUCUGCCAUAGUAAAGGGUUCUCUAUGACGUCAUGUGGAAAAUUUUGAUCAUGAACUGUUUACUUUGAUGUAAUCAACCUUAUCUGGUCUGGAGUUAGGGGGUUAGUUAGCAUUGUUACUAAGAAAUUAGAGUGACUUAGCAAUUUCAUUUUUUAAAUUUGUUGUGCCCUUUAUAUAUAGCAAUUUAAUUUCACAAACAAUGGACUGUUUUAAUGUUCCAAUGAAGUAUGGAGAUGGGUACAAACAGAAGAUUUUGUGCCCUUUAUAUAUAGCAAUUUAAUUUCACAAACAAUGGACUGUUUUAAUGUUCCAAUGAAGUAUGGAGAUGGGUACAAACAGAAGAUUAGACAUCUCAAUGAAGUGUCAAUUAGUUCUCAUAUUUUUUGUUUGACCUACCCUCUGUCUGAUGUGCUGUGGUAAAUCGGUGUGACGGUAAAUCCAAAUACAGUUGCCAAUAUAGCUUUUAUUCCUGCGGGUGGCGUAUGAGGCAAAUAAUGAAAUUAGAAUUAACUAGCUGUCCCGGCGAAUUUCGUACCACGGAUAAUUUUUUUUCUUUGGUUAAUUUUAUCCUAU